AUGGGCAGAAAAGGAGGGAAAUACAGGAAGAAGGAAAACGUCAAGAACAAGUCGGUUGAGGUUGGUUCUGAUGAUGAAGACAUGAUGAACGAUGAAAUCGAUGCGUUUCACAAGAAUAGGGAUGUUGUGCCUCUAAACAUUAGUGGUGAUGUGGAAGAGUCUGAUGAAGAUAGUGAGCAGCCAGUUUUUGAUUUUGAGGAUGAGGAUGAUGAAGAUGAUGACACUAAUAAUGAGGAUAAGCCACCAAAGGGCCGGACAGCCCAAAUUUUAAGGACACAAAAGUAUUUGCGGGCUAAGUUUGGUGGGCCUGAGGAUGAACCGCUUGAUGAUGCUUAUGAGGAAGAUCAAGAAAGAGUUGUUUGGGGCCGCAAAAAAGAUAUGUAUGGUGCUGAUGUAAGUUUCUUAAGGCCUGCACUUAAACCAGGCUUGCCUCAAUCAAGUGAUGAUGAGGAUGCUGUCGAGGAAGAGGCAGAGGUUUUAAAAUUGCAAAGGGAGAAAGCAAAAAUUCUAUCAGUGGAGGAUUUUGGUCUUGAAGAUGCUAGUCAAGAUGAGAUUGAUCAGGAGCCCACAUUUGAGGUAGGAAUCAAAGAAGAAGAUGGAUCAACAUAUGAGAUUGUCAAGAAAGAUUUAAGUGCACUAACUAAGGAAGAGCAAAUGGACAUUGUGUACAGCUCUGCUCCAGAAUUAAUUGGCCUCUUGUCCGAGUUCAAUGAUGCUGUUGAUCAACUGGAGAACAAGAUAACUCCCCUCGUUGACAAGGUUCGAGGUCGACAGACUGCGAAGAAAGGAGAUAUGCACUAUCUCGAGGUAAAGCAGCUUCUAUUGCAAUCCUAUUGCCAGGCUAUAACCUUCUAUCUUCUUCUCAAGUCUGAGGGGCAGCCAGUCCGUGAUCAUCCAGUUAUUUCUCGUCUAGUGGAGAUCAAGAGUUUAUUGGAUAAGGUAAAAGAAAUAGAUGAGAAGCUUAAUUUUGAUGUGGAAAGCUUCAUGAACAAUGAUGUGGAUAACACUACGUUUAUGAAUUCAGUUGAAGAGAAUGGUGUAUCAGGAAAUGAUUCGUCUGGGAACGUAGCGUUGGUUGAGCUUGUCAAAUCAGCCGAUUUGAAUAUCUCGAAGGCUUCGAAAAAUACCAAGGCAAAAGGGAAGCAUCAAGAUAAACAAGUCGGGUUACAGAGCAUUGAAAUGCUAAAGAUUAGGGCUUCCCUUGAGGAAAAAUUGAAACAGAGAGGUGUAUUUAGUUCCACUGCGUACAAGGAUGGUGGAAAUGCAAAACAUGUCCAGUCAGUGAAUAGACAACUUGAGACUUUGGAUGAUUUUGUUGAUGAAGCCAUGCAAAUAGAUGGGUCGACAAAUAAAAAUCCUGGCAAACUGACUUCACGUCCAAAUAAACGCAAGGUUAUCUCUGGUGAUGAUGAUAUACCGAAGAGGGAUGACAUUGGGGAAAGGCGAAGGAAGCAUGAAUUACGUGUUCUUGCAGGAGCCGGAAUUGGGUCGGUCAACGACGAGACAACUAAUAAUAUCUCCAGUGACGAAAUUGCAGGUGUUAGUGAAGAAACUGAUGAUGACUUGGCUUUGGAAUAUUACAAGAAAGCGGAGCGGGAACACGCUGCAAAGCUUGCUGCAAAAUCCGAAAAGUAUUCUAGGGCCAAAAUGGAAGUUCCAUCUUUGCCGGACACAGUUGAUGGAAAGCGUAACAUUACAUAUCAGAUGGAAAAGAAUAGAGGCUUAACGCGUCCACGCAAGAAGCUGACCAAAAAUCCAAGGAAGAACUAUAAGGCAAAAGUACGCAUAAAGGGGCAGGUUCGCGAGGUGAGGAAACCCACAGGUCCCUACGGUGGGGAAGCAUCGGGUAUUAAUGCAAACGUCAGCCGCAGUAGAAGGCUAAAUUGCUAG